AUGUCAACGUUGCUUACGAAAAUAACGUCUACCAGCCAACAGCUACGUUCCAACUUCAAGGUUAAUCUGGCUGAGAACAAUAAUGAUAAUGGAUGUUGUGAAAUGCAGGAAGAACUACCACUUAGUAUCAAUUCAGCCACCGCAAAUCGAACAAAAGAAUCCAAGCUAUUAGCGUUUUGUCAACAAAUAACUUUACGGAGGGUUUUCCGCUUGGUCGGUUUUAGUAUCGGUUCAUAUCCACUUGCUUAUGUUAUUGCUGCUAUCAUAAUGUCAGUUAUGUCAUUCGGAAUUUAUUAUCUUAAACUAGAAGAUCGAGUUCGUGAUGGUUAUACACCAACGACAUCACCCUCAAGACGAGAAGCAAAUUUGCUUCGAGAAUUUACAAAUUCGUUUGGUGAUCCAACUUUAACGACAUUAAUGCUGCAAGCUCGUGAUGGCGGUUCCAUGCAUCGUCUGAAGUACUUGAAAGAAGCAGUUCGAUUACAUCGAUAUUUUAUGAAUAAUUUCACUGUUGAAGUGCCUUCUACCGGUGAACGAUUCGUCUACAGGGAAAUAUGCGGGUUUUCAUGCAAUGCAAAUAUCGUCAUCGAAUACUUUCACAAUGCAUUAUUAGAGGAGUACAAGAAAGAGAAAAUGGGCCAAGUACGUAGCGAAGAAACCAAUCUCACUUAUCCAAUUGCUAAAAUUACUGGCUUUGAUAUUCAUUUGGAACGUAAUUUUUACGGCGUUCGCUUACGAUCGUAUACUAACAGUGGAAAUAAUCGUAAUAACAACAGCAACAGUAGCAAAGUGGACAGUAGCAGGACAGAUUCUGAAGAGACAAUCCUGAAAAUGAUCACCAAUAUUGAAUAUAUCCAGGUCAUUUUCAUGUUAUUUCAAGGACAAGUAACUAGCAGUAACAUGGAAGCAAAGCUUAGUGCCUGGGAAGUAGCUCUGUAUGAAUAUGCUACACAAAGCUAUGUUGAUCAACCAAUAAAAAUAUUGGUACUUGGAUCAGAAAUAGUCAAUCAGGAGCUAAUCAAGGAUUCACAACGGAUGGCACCCUAUUUUAUUGCUGGUUUCUUAGCUAUGUUUUUGGUGGUAGCUAUCUCAGUACUUGGCAGUGCCUUAUUACUUGGUGUUAUGCAUCCAGCCAAGUUAAUCGUUGCACUUGGUGUUAUUGCAUGUCCUAUCCUGGCAAUCACCGUUACCUUUGGGUUAUUUUCGUUAGCUCAACUCCGAACAAAUACAAUUAUGCUUAUUAUGCCUUUCCUGGUGAUGGGAAUUGGCGUUAACGGAGCAUUCCUAGUAAUCCAUUCAUGGUUAGGGUCAGCAAGUGAAUGUUCUAUACCUCAACGACUCGGUUUUGUGUUAGAAGAAGCUGGACCUUCGGUCACAAUUUCCACAUUUACCAAUGUGAUCACAUUUGGUAUCGGCGCAUUGACUCCGACACCAGAAAUAGCACUAUUUUGUUUUGAAACAGCAAUAGCACUUGCAUUUGCAUAUAUUUUCACAUUGGUUUUGUUGUGUCCACUGCUUUAUGUGGCGACUGUCGUUGAACGGACGAGGAAAAAGAAUAAUGGUUAUCCCAUGGUUAUCAUUGGAUUAAAUUCUAUAUUGAAGUGUUACUGUCGUCUGAUAACAUCGAAACUAUUCUGUGUGUUGGCUUUCAUUGGUAUUCUAAUCUAUUGGUUCUUUAGUGCCAUUGGUGCAAUAAAUAUUGAAACACGGUUGGAUGUAGAGAAAUUGCUUCCAAAAAAUUCACCUUUGCAAGAAGCAAAUGCUAUGAUCUCAACCACAGUUUGGACGGAAUAUUAUCCUGUAAUGAUUUUGGUUAACAGUCCUUUGGAUAUACGAAAUGAACGCGUUCUUAAACGAUUCGAUGCGAUGGUCAAUGAUUUUGAAACAUUGGAAAAAUGUCGAGGAAAAGAAUUUACUCUUCUUUGGUUACGCGAUUACAGAACAUAUUGGUGGGAGGCUUUGUUGUAUGAUUUUGAUUAUUUUUCGGAUGAUACGAUAACACUAACAACAACAACUCCACAACUCUCAAAACAAGGGGCAAAUUUUGAAAAGGAAAUGAUUGAUUACAGCAAAUUGAAUGAUUUUCUGUUUUCGCCACUUUAUAAGCACUGGAAAAAUUUUUUAAAAUUAAGGAAUGAUUCGGAUAUACCGGUGAAAAGUUUUUGUUUCGUGGUGAUAUAUCAGAAUUCGACCAGUUGGAAAGAACGAAUUGAAUUAAUGCAAAAAUGGCGAAGCAUUGUUAAUUCUUAUAAAGACUUGAAUGCAUCUGUUUGGGAGGCUAAUUCGAUGUUUGUCGAUCAAAUGCUUUCAUUAAAAACAUUAGCUUUACAGGCUUGUGUUUGGACAUUAAUUUGCAUGACAGCAGUGUGCGGAUUAUUCAUCCAGAAUCCAUUCAGUGUAAUUGUCGCAUCUCUUACCAUAGUAUCCAUAAGUUUCGGCGUGAUUGGGUUUUUGUCUUGGUGGCAUUUGGAUCUUGAUCCGGCAACGCUUUGCGCCAUAUUGAUGUGCAUUGGGAUGUCAGUAGACUUUACCGCCCAUGUAUCUUACCAUCAUCAGCUCGGAGAGAAAAAAACAAUCAAAGGAAUAAGAAUAACGAAAUCACGGUUGGAGAACAAUAAGGCACGUUUAGAAUACACGUUAAAAAGUGUAGCAUGGCCAACACUACAAGGUGGAAUCAGUACCGUUGCUUGCAUUAUACCGUUAGCAUUUUUACAGAAUUAUAUUCCAUUGGUAUUUGUGAAAACGAUAUCACUGGUGGUAAUUUGGGGUCUGUUUCAUGGUCUUGUACUACUGCCAACAUUUCUGUCAUUAAUACCUCACUUUCUAUUGGAAUUUAAUUGUUAUCGGGCAAUUUUCGGGAAUCAUAUAUUCCAUGCCACCGCUGGUAUCGAUGCUUAUAGUAGUAGCGGUGGUACCGGUGAUGCUGGUGGUAGCAGAAAGGAAGAGGAUAAGGUUGUUCAUAAUAAGGAAGAUAAACAUAUGAAUGCCACUGAACUACGAAUACUACGGACUAACGAACAGUUGUCAAUUAUGAUAGAAGCAUGA